AUGUCUCUGCGGCCUCGUCAAUCUACUGGGGUACCGUCUCCGGCGAACCAGAGGAAGAAAGCUCCCAAGGAUUCCACGGCUCUUCGAGCGAUUCGGGACAAUCGUGUGCCUUCUUACCUAAAACCUGGCGCCGCCGUGGAGAUCAGCUCCGACGAGACUGGGUUUCGAGGCUCUUGGUUCCCGGGAAGGGUGGUCACAGCACCUUCCUCAGAUAAGGAUUCCGUCAAAUGCCAGGUCGAGUACACGACGCUCUACUUCGACAAAGACUUGAAGAAGCCGCUGAAGGAGGUUGUCCACACGGCUCAGCUUCGUCCUCCGGCGCCGUCGUUGUCUGAGAGUGAGAAGAAACGGGAUUUCGCUGUGGGGGAAAAAGUCGACGCCUUUUACAAUGACGGUUGGUGGGAAGGGGAGGUGAUGAAGGUUCUGGGUGAUGGCAAAUUCAGUGUUUACUUCAGAACUUCCAGGGAACAGAUUGAAUUUCGCAAAGAUCAAUUGCGGUUGCAGAGGGAAUGGGUAAAUGGCGCGUGGAAGCCGCCACUUGAGGAAACGGAAGAGGCGGAAUCAGAAGACGAUAAAGUAGACGACACAGAAGACGAAGAGGAUAUUUUAGCCCAAGUGGAUCCGGAAACUGCGAGAGCAAUUGCGAAACAAAUGUUUUCCAAAGGCACAAUGGUUGAGGUUAGCAGCGAGGAGGAAGGUUUCAAGGGAUCUUGGUUUGUAGCUAAAGUCAUUAAACCCAUUGACGAAGAUAAUUACCUUGUUGAGUACCGAGACUUGAGAGAAGAAGAUGGCGUUGAGCCUCUGAAAGAAGAAGCCGACUUUCUACACAUGAGGCCACUUCCACCAGCAAGUGAGGACUAUGUAGAUUUUGCUAUUGGUGACAAAGUCGAUGCCUUUUACAAUGACGGCUGGUGGGUUGGUGAGGUCAUAGAGAGUCUGGAGGAUGGAAGAGUUGGUAUCUUUUUCAGGCAAUCACGAGAGAAGAUGCGGUUUGGAAGGUUUGGUCUUCGUCUGCAUAAAGACUGGGUUAACGGGACUUGGCAGCUACCACUGAAAAGAGGAGAGAAGAGGCCAAAGGUUCCGCAGAGAGUUUCAGUUUCAUGUGAUCGGAACGUGAGACCUAAGAAAGAAGUCUCGAAGCAAGAGUUGAGCAUUGGAACUCAAGUCGAGGUUAGUAGUGAGGAAGAAGGGUUUGAAGACUCUUGGUUUCCUGCAAAACUUGUUGAAUACAGAGGUCUUGACAAAUGCCUUGUAGAGUAUGAUAAACUGAAAGCUGAGGAUGCGAAAGAGCCUCUGAGAGAAGAGGUUAAAGUUUCACAGAUAAGGCCUCGACCAGUAGAGAGGAUCAUGGUGAAUUCGUUCGAGAAGCUUGACAGAGUUGAUGCUUUCUAUAAUGAUGGAUGGUGGGUUGGGGUGGUUAUGAAGAUUCUUGCAAAGUCAAACUACCUCGUUAACUUCGAGAAGACCGGAGAGGUGCUGAAAUUUAAUCACUUUCAGCUGAGGCUUCAUCAGGAAUGGGUUGAUGGCAAGUGGAUAACAUCUUCUAAGGAUCAAAAGGUGUAA